AUGUUCUCCGAAUCUCAACGCAUCAAAUAUGAUAUUGAGAACGAGACUAAAGAGAUCCCAGAUGCUCGUGCUUACCUCUUGAAGUUGACGGAGAUCCGCACCAGGAGGGGGCUUACUGAUGAGUUAGGUGCUGAGGCCAUGAUGUCCGAGGCUUUGGAGAAAGUUGAAAAGGAUAGAGAGAAGCCUCUCUUGAGAAGCACAAGAAAGGAAUGGAUCUUUUGGUUGCAGAAUUCGAAAAAGGCAACAAAAAGCUUGGGAUUAGGAAAGAAGAUCUUCCUAAAUACGAGGAGAACUUGGAGCUGA